UUUCGGAUUUCUGAUGUUGACCAUGGCCAAGUGUCUCUGCCUUCUUGAUCCAAUGACUGGAGUGCUGUGACACCGGGAACGUGCCCAUCAGUCACGAGGCAGCCCUCCAUUCCAUAGGUUUCCCUGUAACAAGACCCCCCUCCCCUCAAGUUACAGCUGUGCAAGAAUAGUUUGUGUUAAGCUAUGUAGGUCAGUGAAUUGUGUGCUUGAAAGCUAAAUGUAUAAAUAUGUAUAUCCAUUGUGGGUGCAGGAGAUAUGCUGAUUUUAAAUCAAAUAAAAAGUUGAUGGUAAUUAAAGUCAACAGGAGUGUUUAGUAACUUCGGUGUCAUGUUUUCAUUUGAAACAUGGUUUGAUUUCCAAGGCUCUGUUUCUUCUCCUGAUCAGUUGAACCAAAUCUUCCUGUUCUAUACACAGGAAGAGUGGCUGGGGGCCUGCUGCAGUGCUUAUUUGUAUAUCAGAACGCCAAAAGGACAUGGUACAUGGACAUAUCAUAUCAUAGAAGGGGAGUAUAAUUUGCAGAGCAAAGACAUUUGGCUGGUGCUUCUCUAUUUAAGGUUUUUCUUAAAUGCUUUUUAUUAACAGGCGUUUUUUGCUUUAUAACAUAAUAACAAUGGAUCCAUAAAAUAAAAUCAUAAUUGAACAUAUUAGGGAUUAAGGAAAAUACACAACAGUCUGCUGUUUUUCAGAUAAAAUCUCUUAUCAAUAGAAGUAAAACUUUUUAUCUAAAUAAAUGUAUUAAUAUAAAUAAAAAAAUAUCUGUAUACAAUUCACAUACCAAAUUUGAAGUUCUUUCUCAAAUAAGGAUGUUGAAACAGGUGGUUGGUUACUAUGGAGACAUCUUCAGUACCCAAAAAUAGUUUACAUAAGUAGGUUUCCUGUGGCGGCAUGCCAUCCUUUUAUUAUAUCACAAGUGUGUGUAGCCCACAGUAUACAUUACAUGUAUAUCAUAAAUUUUUAAAUGCAUUUUUAUGAUUUGGGGAUUUUACUCAGCAGACACACAUCUGGUCCCAUCUUUGCUUGGCUUAUAAAGCACUAUCUACCUGGGCAAUUGGAAGCUGUUGAGUGUCCAUCAAUAAUAGCCUUUGCUUUAGUUCAGCUCGUAGACACCAAUUGCUGUUGGGAUUGCGGAUAAACAUUUUACUAUAAUGAUCCCAUAGUAUUUGCGUGCGUGUGUGCGCGCGCAAUCAAAUCAGAAUGUGUAUCCGCAGCGGAAAUUUGUUUGAGUUGCUCUAAAUAUGAAACGAAGACAGAUUAAAAAUGGACCUGGAGACGCGCGAUAUUUACCGGGCGUCUUUGGAUUUUAUUUUGUACUUUGUUUCUACCGGAAAGUCAAAUUAACAUGUGAUGCUUUUAUUUUGAAGGAACAACUAAACAACCGGAAUAGCGUCAUUUUUUGGUACCUACCACUCAUUUACCACACGCUAACAGACUGUUUUCCCUCAUAAUUUAUUCUUUCUCCCUCAAAAAUGCAGUUAUGCAGUGUGUGCAGCGAACGGACUCCAAAAUACCGAUGUCCAGCCUGCAAAAUAAGAUAUUGUUCACUUGGCUGUUACAAGAAGCAUAAAGAUACCUGCCUUCCUGUUGACAAGCCUGCCCCUUCAAAUCCUGAAACAAAGGCUGCUGUGGGCACAGAGCCUUGGAGUGUCGACGAUCUUCUGCAUGAAGAUGACAUCACUGACAAAGUUCCUCUGCAGAGGCUCCAGAUGUUAGGCCAGUCAAAAGAGCUAAAGGACCUGCUCUGUAACCCUCAUCUGAGGCAGUUAUUGUGCUCUAUAGAUGGUGCAGAGCGUAAAGAGGAUGCAAUGAAAUCAGCCAUGCAGGAGCCGCUGUUUGUGGAAUUUUCUGAUCAGUGCUUGAAAAUUGUAGAAAAUGACGCAAAAUCAAGUGAAGAUGCUGACUUGUAAAAUCCAGCUUGCAUUUUUUUAAAUAUAUUUUUGUAGUGUUGUUGCUGCAGUUUGUGUUGUGACUUCUGAAACGACAGUAUGUAUAUAAUGUUCAAAUAAAAGCCAACUUUUUCAAACUGUAAAAAUUCCCAGAGUCACCACUAACAAGACUUCACAUGUAAAGAGUUCAAGGGGAAAGCAAUGACUGGAAAUCCAAACAUUUUAAAAUUGACAUUUAUUUCAACAAAAACAUUUAAACAUACAUACAAGUCAAGUUUGUAUCCGUAGAUACCGUGGUACUACUGACAGAAACAGAAGAAAUAAAACGGAGUUAAAAUACAAAUUCCAUAUUAUAACUUCUGAUAAUAACCUGGAGACGUUUACAUAUCCAAGUCAUGAAAAUGUGUGUGGGUAAAACGAAAAAAGGAAAUUUCUUGAAGUUAAAGUGUAGAGUGAGAGGCUCCAAUGAUUUCUAUGAUUGUUGCUAAUGUGUUUGUUCAAAGUUUAAAUAUCAAAGCUGAUUGUGAUAAUAUAAGAAAAAUCAAGUUUGUCAUACACAAACACUGUAGUGUAAAAAGACUUUGGUAUAUGUUAAAGUACUGCAUUGCUUUAGAUAAAAAAUUCACACAGAGUGGUUCAGUCAUAUUUUGCUGACGUGCAUAAGACAAAGAGCAGCGAUGUAAAUAAACCUGGGUUCAUCCUUGUUCACAUCAGUGAAGUUUCUGUUAUGCAGGGUGUCUACGGCUCCUUGAAAGCUCUUCAAUACUCAUCAAUAUAAACCCUUAACGUAUUAGUGUGGAUGUGUCUGAUGUGCUUUUACUCAAGUUACUGAGAAUUUCUGGCACACUAUUCCACUGUUUUUGCUGCCUCAACAUAGUUAGAUCAUAUCAUAUGACUUUACUAUUUGUACAAUAAUACCCUUGUUUGCCUGUUUUCAUAAAAAUACUGUCGACCACCA